UCAGCCGCUUUACUUUGUUCUGUGUCUCUAGCAGCGUGGUGGGGGCUCCGGUUACCCGAUCCAGAGCGCGAUGCCUGAACCGGCCAAAUCGGCGCCCGCCCCUAAGAAGGGCUCUAAGAAAGCCGUGACAAAGACCCAGAAGAAAGGGGACAAGAAGCGCCGGCGCAGCCGUAAGGAGAGUUAUUCCAUCUAUGUCUACAAGGUGCUGAAGCAGGUGCACCCUGAUACCGGCAUCUCCUCCAAGGCCAUGGGCAUCAUGAAUUCGUUCGUCAAUGACAUCUUUGAGCGCAUCGCGGGGGAGGCGUCGCGUUUGGCUCAUUACAACAAGCGCUCCACCAUCACGUCCCGGGAGAUCCAGACGGCCGUGCGGUUGCUGCUGCCCGGCGAGCUGGCCAAGCAUGCGGUGUCCGAGGGCACCAAGGCGGUCACCAAGUACACCAGCUCCAAGUAAAGCGGCCGGGACCCCGCUCGCCUCAACCCGCCCCAACGGCUCUUUUCAGAGCCACCCAUUUCCUCACCAAAGAGCUGAUUUUGCUGCGGGAAUAACCCUUUUCCGCGGGUUUUUGAGCG